AGGAGGAAAUUAAAAUGCUGCAGUAUGUCAGGUCCAGCAAAAGGAAAGUGGCUGUACGCACGUGGAAAGUCCACGUUGAUGCGGGUUAUUCCCAAGCCUUUAUCCUUGUCAGCAAAGGAAAAGGGUGAAGCGACAGUCGUAAGAAGCACCGUUGAAAUAGGGCAGAUGCAACAGGUUAUGUUAAGGUAUAAAUAAGAAGCAGUGACGUCAGUUCAUGUAAUAGUUUAAUAGGUUUCCCUCUCUGAUGAUACCUCGUAAUCAAAGUCGUUUGCCAUGAAUGGGAAAGGGAAUAUGUGGGAGCGAGCUAGAAGAAGGGUGGCUUCGAAAAUGAAUAUCUUCGAUCACACGAGGUUCUGUUGCUCAGUUGAAAUUGACUUCGGCUUCGAAGACCAUCGGGAGACGCAAGAUCAGCCAUAGAGAGAUAAUCAUGAACGGGAUGAAUAAUCAAUGUGCGAACGGAAAGUCUGAGAUGAAAAUCUACGACGGGGAGGAUGAUCAUGCGGUCAUUAAGAGACCUGGACCAUUGAGGAAUGUCUCCUGGCCUGAAAAUGUCGAGGAAGCUGAUUUGGAAGUUCCGGGAACUCCUAGGACUCCCAGGACUUCAACCACUCCAGGACAUGAGAAGUGUACGUUCCAUCACGACUUGGAACUGGACCAUCGCCCACCAACCAGGGAAGCUUUGUUGCCUGAGAUGUCCAGGAGCUACAGGCUACUUCUCAGUUCCCUUGGGGAAGAUCCUGAUCGUCCAGGACUCCUGAAAACACCUGAGCGUGCUGCCAAAGCGAUGCUCUUCUUCACGAAAGGAUACGAUCAGACUAUCGAAGAUGUCAUCAACGAUGCCGUCUUCGAUGAAGAUCAUGACGAGAUGGUUGUCGUAAAGGAUAUCGAGAUGUUCUCCAUGUGCGAGCAUCAUUUGGUACCAUUUUAUGGCAAAGUGUCCAUAGGCUACUUGCCCUGCAAGAAAAUACUUGGUCUCAGUAAGCUUGCCAGAAUCGUGGAAAUUUUCAGUCGUCGUCUUCAGGUCCAGGAACGUCUCACUAAACAAAUCGCUAUAGCAGUGACCAAAGCCGUUCAGCCAGCAGGAGUAGCCGUGGUAGUGGAAGGAGUACACAUGUGCAUGGUUAUGAGAGGAGUACAAAAGAUCAACAGCAAGACGAUGACGUCGACUAUGCUUGGAGUCUUCCGUGACGACCCUAAGACGCGUGAGGAGUUCCUCAAUUUGGUUCACUCCAAGUAGAUUUUUCGACGAAAGAAAAAAAAAAAUGCGAAAAGACGUGUGCCCGUUUUGAAGAAUUUUAAUCGAUCUUAUUUUACUGUUAGAUCGAGUCGUUAGUUCAUCCGUAUCACUGGUAAAUCUAAUGAUAAGAAGCAUACUGGUUUCGGAUAAAAUCUGCACGUUUACAAGGCGGUCGGAUAAAAUUUUUCGAAGAGGGUGACACUUCUUUUUAUUAAACUGCUAAUCUGUUGACGUAAAGACAAUAUAUGACAUGACGUAAAGCAUUCGUCAAGUACCAGAAAAAUGUUUAGUGUCACGUUGCGAAUGCUUUACAAACACUGAUUUGCGAAUUUUGUUUUUUUUUUUUUACGUGGGCGAUUGCCUGACUUUUCAAAUGGCAUGGUAAUUAUCAGUAUACCAAUUUAUAUUCUUAAUUGGCUUGGCCUAAUGACUAUAUAAAUUCUAAUUAUGUGCACUCUUAUUCGAAGGAACAAGCGCAACUCCCGUGCCAUUCGAGAGAGUCACGAUAAUCCUGUAACGUAAUAUUGUAUUUCUAUUUUUUUAGAAACAAUGAUGAAUCGAGAUUGAAUUUGUUAAAAUGAUAUUAUUCAAGGAAGGGCAAUCGUGAAAUGCAUCAGCCAUGCAUUUCACGAUGCACAGUUUAAUGCGUGCACAUAUACAUAAUUUUAUUUAAGUAAUUAUAAGAUUUUAUUAUUUAGAUUAUCAAGAGUAAUUUUGAAUACAUGCGAAAAGUCGGAAGCCUUUUAACGUUGCCUUUCCAUUCGAAUGACUUACGCGCUGGUUCGUUAUCCUUUGUAAAGUCAUAAUCAUAAAGCAUUUGCUAGCUGAAACAAAUAAGUUACUUGGCAAAUGACUUAUGUUAUUAUAUUCGUUGUAUUGUCCUUAUUCACAAUAGAUCUCGGAAAGGCAACCUAAUAUGGCUCUACGACUCGAUACCCUGCCGAAAGUUACCACAAGUUUUCCUGUUGCACUCUCUUGUGUAUGACCGUAAAUUGUAGAUACAAAAAUGACAUAGGUCUCUACAUGAAAACAGGUCAGAAGCUUGUAGAAUUUGUGAAAAUUUUUAGCGGGCUAUGUAUGCGCCGCUCAACCAAACAUUUCAUGACAUCAGAUAAAAAUGUUUACGUACCAAUUUACUGCCACGUGAGUUUGUCCACCUUUAUUAACACUUUCUCAAAAGUGUAGAAUAUAAUAGCUGCUUUAAUUUUCCUUUCAAUUUGAAUCCCAAAGCCGUUUGAUAUUUUUAAAUAACUCCUUGCAUCAAUAAUUAUUGUUCUACGUAAAAUUCCAUUGUAAGAAGUUAUUUUUAUAAUAUCAAAUGUCUUAUGUUGACAUUGACACAAUCGUUUCAUUAUGUUUUACGAAUCUUUAUGCAUGACGCAAAGUGAUUCAGCCAUUCACAAUGCUUCAUGAAUUAAUAUCGAGUUUAUAAUUCUUUUAAUACUAAAUGAUCCAAAGGAUCCGAUUUCGAAGGACAUAUUUGGACCAAUGUGUGUUCAACGUGUCAUGAUAGUUUAAUGAUAUUUAACAUUUAAUAAAUAUUGAACUUUGUAUUUUUAUGUUCAGCUAACACAACGGUACCUUUGCUUUUAUGGUGAGAAGUAGUAACGUAUGAUGAAAUCGUCAUAUUCGUAUAUACCUACAGAUUAUAUAGCAGUCUUAAUUCUGCAUUGUGAAGUAUUUAAAUUGCACACAAUUGUUCUCGGGAUUGCGACGAAGCCUUACAGAUCAACAAGAAUAAAGAAGAGAAUACGAAUUUAUACAAGUGAUAUAAUAUGAAAGUCUAUAACGUUAUCUGUAUCAGAAUCUCGCUAUUUUUAUGACGACGUUAUUAUUUGGAGAUAAAUAUACUUUUUUUAAUACCUUUUUGAAGAAAGGAAAAUGUUAAUGUUACGACAUGGGCAACAAGUUGCAAAUUGGAUUGUAUGUUUGAAUGUUAAUGUUAAGGGAGUACUUGUACGAUACGCUCUAAAAAUUUCGUUUAUUUGGCGCAUAUCAAAGAAUCAAGAAUGGGUUGAAAAUUUGUUCGAAAAACAUUCUCCUGAAUGUUCUUUAAUAAUGAGUAAAAAUGUAUAGAAAGUUUGAAGGAAAUGCAAGAUUUUAAUUCCAAAAAUAACACAAUUUUUAGAACGUUACACGCAACUAACACCUUAAACUUAACUGAAUAGAAGUGAUUUUGUAAUGGAAAGUGUUUGGAUGAAGUUUUAGAACCUUUGGUGCAUCAACCGAGUACGAAUUAAUACGAGAACAGAUAGUCCUUCAAUGUUACUUAGGAAAAUUCAAUACUUAUAAUAUUUUGUGACAAUAUUAUAUAAAGUUAUAUUUAUAUUUUAA